CUCCUCCUCCUUCUCCCCGCCACGUCAUCACCCUCCUCUUUCGCAACAACCUUCGCCCUCCUCAUCGCCGACCUCGUCCUCGCCUUCAUGUGGGCCACCACGCAGGUCUUCCGCAUGAACCCGAUACGACGCCGUGAGAUGGUCGAGAACUUGAACGACGUCGUAGGCGGGGAGGAGAGCGAGCUGCUGCCGGGGCUCGACGUGUUCAUAUGCACGGCGGAUCCGCACAAGGAGCCGCCCAUGGGGGUGGUCAACACGGCGCUGUCGGUGCUGGCGUAUGAUUAUCCUAGGGACAGGCUGGCGGUCUACGUGUCGGACGACGGCGGGUCGGCGUUGACCCUGUUUGCCUUCGUGGAGGCGGCGAAGUUUGCGAGGCGGUGGCUGCCGUUCUGCGAGAGGAAUGGAGUCGUGGAGAGGAACCCGGUGGCUUAUUUCGAGUUGGCCAACGGAGCCCACCCUGUCUCCGGUGAAGUCGAGGAAAUUAAGGUAACGUCAGCUUAAUAUUUUUUUUUUUCCAAUUUGAAAUUAAACAAUUAUUUAAACUAAUAAUUUUUAUUUUUAUUUUUAUAAGAAUGAAUAUAAUUGAACUUUUAUAUGCUGUUAUAUAUUUUUCAUAAAGCAUCUAUAGUAAGUACAUAGUACUUUUGACAAAAUCUAUGGUACAUAGUACACUAUAUAUGAAUUUUGGUAUGGAUUAUAAUUUAUUCCAUAAGUUUAUUGGUGAUUGGUGAUUGAUCAUUCAUGGGAUGAAAUAUAUGUUAAUAGAGAACUAGAGGAUUAAUUAACACAUAAGUCAACAAACAAUAUUCAAGAUAUUUAAUUCCGCUGAUGAACUUGCAGAACAUGUACGAGAGCAUGAAGCACAAGGUGGAGCAUGUGGUUGAGACAGGAAAAGUGGACGAUCAGUACAUCGACGGACCCAAAGAACAGGAAGCUUUCGGCAAAUGGACCCAUCAUCAUUUCACUAAGCAGAACCAUCCCACUUUCAUUCAGGUCCUGCUAGACGGUAACAACGACAAGGACGUGGACGGCCACGCACUUCCAAAUCUCAUUUACGUCUCUAGGGAGAAAAGCACCAAUUCUCCCCAUCACUUCAAAGCUGGCGCCCUCAACGUCUUGCUACGCGUGUCAGCCGCGAUGACGAACCAACCAAUCGUGCUGACGUUGGACUGUGACAUGUACUCCAACGACCCCGGAACAGCGCGUCGCGCCAUGUGCUACUUCUGCGACCCGAACCUCGGCCCGGAAAGCUCGGCGUAUCUUCAGUUCCCGCAGAAGUAUCGAGGGAUCAACAAGAAUGAUAUUUACGCUGGUGAAUACCAGCGUCUGUUUCAGAUUCAGGCCAUGGGCUUUGAUGGUCUACGCGGGCCGAACCACGUGGGUACCGGGUGUUUCUUUCGGCGGCGGGCUUUCUUUGGGCCGCCAUCGAGCCCGGUGGAACCCGAGCUAGUCGAAUUGGGACCUGACCACGUUGUGGAGAGUGAGUCGAUUGGAUCUGAUUCGGUGCUGGAGUUGGCACAUAAGGUCGCGGGGUGUAACUACGAGAAUCAAACCGAUUGGGGUUCCAAGAUCGGGUAUAGGUAUGGUUCGUUGGUGGAGGACUACUACACAGGGUACCGUCUACAUUGUGAAGGGUGGAAGUCGGUGUUCUGUUGCCCAAAGAGAGCUGCGUUUAUGGGAGACGCCCCGAUCUCGUUGGUGGAUAUGUUGAAUCAGCAGAAGAGAUGGGAUAUUGGGCUGCUGGAGGUUGCGUUUUCCAAAUUCAGCACCCUCACCUACGGCGUCAAGUCGUCGGCUGGAUUUCUUAUGGGUUUUGGGUAUUGUCAGUUCGCGUUUUGGCCGAGCUGGUCCAUCCCUCUCAUCGUUUACUCUUUCCUUCCCCAGCUGGCACUUCUCAAUCAAGUCCAUGUCUUCCCAAAGGCAACAGAAGCGUGGUUUUGGCUGUACCCUUUCCUCUUCCUAGGAGCCUACGUACAAGACAUGCUCGACUUCACCAUCGUCGGCGGGACGUUCCAAAGAUGGUGGAGCGACCAAAGAAUCUGGCUCCUACGUGGACUGACGUGUCACCUGUUCGGUUCCAUCGAGUACUUCCUCAAGUUCCUCGGAAUCGCCGCCGCUUUCAACGUGACGAGCAAAGUGAUCGACGAAGAACAGAGCAAACGUUACGACCAAGGCAUCUUCGAGUUCGGAGUCCACUCGCCGAUGUUCGUUCCCCCCACGGUGGCCGCGCUGAUCAGCUUGCUGGCGCUGGUCCAGGGCCUCGCCGUGCUGGCGGUUCGCGGCGGCGGUUUGGCGGACGCGCCGCUGCUGCAGCUGCUCGUGGCGGGUUUCGGGGUGGUGAACGGCUGGCCGAUCUAUGAGGCUGUGGCUUUGCGGAGUGAUAAUGGGAGAAUGCCGGUGAAGACCGUUGUUGUCUCCGUGGCUCUGGCUUGGGCCUGUUACGUGGCUGCUUCUUUUGUGUUCAAGUGAUGGCCAUGGUUUCUUAUGAAGGUUUUCCUAAGGUGAUAUUUUCCACAUGUUACGUUGGAGAUAGAUAUGCAUGUCUAACUUAGUAAUGGAAUACAAAUAAAUUGUCUAGCAACUAGCAAGACUGUGAGGUUUGAUAAAAGCAUCUUAUUUCAUGUUAUCUCAACUUACCCGCAACUUAUUUGGUUUUUUUUCUAAGGGUGAUAUAUGUUCGAUUUUUAGCUAGGU